CAAAUUUAAAGUCGGCGCGGUUACGUAAGAUUUAAGAUGGCGGCAGUCGUGUUCGACUUCGCAAAAGGGAGAAACUCAUUUCUUUUCGCUUUUCGCUCAGUUAGAUGCUAUUGUAACUCUAACUGUUUCAUCACGUAUCGUAGUAUUGCGCCUCUAUCAAGGCAGUCGCAAAAUUCAAACCUUUCUAUCAGGAGACACUUUUGGUCUUCGAGACAAGACGAUUUAACCCGAGCUCUCUCGGAUGCCGAGAAAAUUGUUGGCUAUCCGACCUCAUUCCUUAAUUUACGAUACCUGUUGAACGAUGAGAUCUCUAACAUUGCCAUGUAUAUGAAGAGGUUCGCCAUGAGCAAGCACCCCAUGCUUCGAACGGCUCGAGGCUUCGUUUCGGACGACAACCAGACGACGCAAACUCGAGGACUUUUAGUGCUUCUUAUGUCUAAGGCCUCUCGGUCAUGUUUGCAAGACGAAUGGAAGAUGGAUCAGGAACUGGUCGCUGAUAUUCAUUCAAGCCAAAGACAGCUGGCCGACAUAACCGAAACUAUACACACAGCCAACCUGGUGCAUACAGGAAUUGUUGAUUUAGCAAGUAUCUCUUCAUCCAGCAAGUCUUAUCAAGAUGACAUGGAAUUUGGUAACAAGAUGGCAGUGUUAAGUGGUGACUUUCUUUUAGCCAAUGCUUGUACAGGAUUAGCAGAACUUAAAGACACUGAAGUCGUUCAAAUGAUUUCAGAGGUAAUUGGACAUUUGAUGGAAGGUGAAUUCCUGAAAAUCACAUUUAAUGCUGAUAAUUUGAACUUGGAGUUUUGGAGUGAGUUAUCAUUCAAAUGUAAAGGAAGCUUGAUGGCAAACAGCUGUAAAGCAGCUUUGAAAAUUGUUGGUCACUCAGCUGAGCUUCAGGAAACUGCAUUUGAAUUUGGCAAAAACAUUGGUUUCGCUCAUCAGUUGAAGAAAGAUCUUCUGUAUAUCAUAGAGGUGACUUAUGGUGUAUUAAGAGUAUUCUUCUGCUGA